AUGGCGGCGGCGGGAGGCUCGGCUAGCUCGCUCGCUCGCUCCCUCGGCGCUCGGCCCGUCGGCGCCCGCGCCCGCGCCCGCUGCGGCCUCCACAGGAAGUGCCGGCGGCCGGCCUCGCUCCUCGUCCGCGGUUCCAGCGGCUGCCACAUUUUGGACUGGCUGAAUCCUGGGGCCUUGGGGGUGAACCUUCUGGUGGAGGAGACAAAAACCAAAGUAAAGCACGUGAUAAAGCAGGUGGAGUGCAUUGAUGAGCAUCAGGCCAACGAGGCCCUGGAAGAGUUGAUGCCACUGCUGAAGCUUCAGCAUGCCCACGUCUCCAUCUACCAGGAGCUCUUCAUCAUGUGGAACAGUGAGAUCUCCUCUCUGUUCCUUUGCCUGGUGAUGGAGUUCCACGAGGGAAGCUUCCAGAAUGUCAUUGAGAAGAAGAGGGCGGCAAAGAGAGUCAUUGACUCCCAGUGGAUGCAGAACAUGCUGGGCCAGGUGUUGAAUGCGCUGGAGUACCUGCACCAGCUGGACAUUAUCCACAGGAACCUCAAGCCCUCCAACAUCGCCCUGGUCAGCAGCGACCACUGCAAACUGCAGGACCUGAGCUCCAACGCACUCAUGACCGAUGUAGCCAAGUGGAACGUCUGUGCAGAGGAAGACCCCUCUCACAAGUCCUGGAUGGCCCCCGAAGCCCUCAAGUUCUCCUUCAGCCAAAAAUCUGACAUCUGGUCCCUGGGCUGCAUCAUUCUCGACAUGGCCGGCUGCUCCUUCCUGGAUAGCACGGAAGCCAUGCUUCUGCGGAAGUCCAUCCGGAGUUCCCCCGACGGCCUGAGGGGUGUCCUGAGGACCAUGGAGGAGAGGAGGGUCCCCGAUGCAGAAAUCUUCAGUUCCCUUUUGCCUCUGAUGCUCCAGGCUGACCCGUCGGAUCGAAUACCCAUCAGGGACGUGAUUCACUUGUUUGUGAGCAGCGACUUCAGGUCCUCCAGCAGUGCUCUGACGCUGCACCAGCAGGUGGUGCCUGACUUCAUCAUCGACAGGCUGCUAGAAAGCAACGUCACCAGCAUCUUAGAGGUCCUGCAGAACUUCUCCAGCCACCCCGAAGACCAGCAGAGGGCCCUGGAGAGGCUCCUGGGGAUGUCUGAAGACCAGCAAGGUGUGCCGUGGCCGGCGGAGCUGGCGGAGGUGUUGGUCGGCACUGUGAAGCAGCACGACAGGGUCCUUGACGCACAGCCGUGUGCCUGCUCCCUGCUGCUCCGCACCCGGGGCCAAGGUGGGCUCCGGGCACAGCUGGCUUCUCCUACCCCCGCCCUCCCACGCCAGUCAUCGCCCUGGCGUCUGACCCUCUGGGCACCCAACCCCACCCCAGGAUCUCAGGGUUCCCCGGCCUCUUUUGCUGGCCUGCGCAGCACUGGGGCAGGACCCAGCGGCCACGGCGCCGAGCGACAGCACCAUGGCCCCCGUGCCACUGAGCAUGCGCGGAGCCACCCCAAGGAGCAGCAGCCCCUGGUCACGGUGCACCGCCCGCUCACCGUCGCCAGCCAGGAAUGCCGGGGCCCACCUGCAGGACUGGCCACAGACGAGCUGCGGAGGGCCGGGCUGUGCGAGUGCAUCCUGGAGCGCCUGGACGCCCUCCCUAGGAACAGGGACACCUGCUUGAACGGCCUGAGGCUGCUCUGGGCUCUGCUGGUGGACGCUGUCAUCGUGAACAAGGCCCCCUGGGAGAAAGCCCCGGCCCUCAUUGCUGAGGUGCUGGCCACCUACCCCACGGACGCGGAGAUGGCUGAAGCCAGCUGUGCAGUCCUGUGGCUGCUGUCCUUGCUGGGUGAGCAGCCCGGGGCCCCGGGGCCGGAGAGGUGGCCCUGGGCCCUUGAGACGAGGCACGUGUGGCCCCCCGCAGGCUGCAUAGGCGAGCAGCAGUUGGAAGAGGUGGUGGUCCUAAUCCUGCAAAGCAUCCGGGCGUGCCAAGACCGAGCCCUGCUGGUGAACAAUGCCUGCCAGGCGCUGGCCAGCCUCGCGAAGAUGUCCGAGCUGGCGGCCCUGCAGGUGGUGAUGCCCGAGGAGGGCAGCAGCGGCCUCACCCUCAUCCAGGAGACGUACCAGCUCCACCAGGACGACCCGGAGGUGGUGGAGAGCAUCUGCAUGCUGCUGGCCCACCUCGCCUCCCACAAGGACAUCCUGUCAGAGCUGGUGUCCAGCGGCAUCCAGCCCCUGGUCGAGGAGAUCCACGGGCGCUUCACCUCCAGCCUGGUGAGUGUUGGGGGGCUGCCUCAGCCAGACCUGGGUGGCACAGAGUCCAGGGGCCGGAGCAGUGGUUUGUGUGGAGGCAACUGGGGCUGCCGCGUGUGUGGUUUUAAGAGGCCCUCCCUGUAUCACCGUGUCCACGACCUGCCCAAAGAGCUGGUCUCUUACGCACAAAGUGUGCUUCAGAAACUGGAAGAGGCCUCGCGGCCCAGCUCCGACGGGGGGCAGUAG